GUAAGACACUAGGCAUCCUGGACAAGUUUUGCCCGCGCCCAUUGCGGCACGCCCUGCAGCAUUCCACGUGCAAGAGCUGCCAAGACAACGCCACUCAUACACACAAGGCCAUACGCAGUUGCCGCGCGCAACGCCACCGUGCAAAGGAAAAGGGCUGUCUCGCCGCCGCCGCGACUUCUUAACACGCGCGGCGCGACGGUGCAGCGCCACGCGCCCGCAGCACCCUAAAUAGCACAGCCGGUGCAGCGCCCCACACUAAACCGCAGCCAUGGCCGAGGAGUCCAAGGGCGACGCGGAGACCACCCUCGAUAAAAACUCCGCGGCGACGGAAGAUGCCAGCGAGCAGUUCAAGAACAUCAAGAUGGCCACGAUCUUGUCCGGGGAGAAGAACGCUAGAGGUAUACCCUACGUGGCGUUCAUCGAUAGCGUUGAAGGCACGCUGGCUACGACCACAGAUGGCACUGUUGAGAAGCUGAUAGGAGCCAUGAACGAGCUCCACCAGAAGUUCAAGAUUCUGGAGGGCCACAAAGCGCGAACGAAGGCCUCCAUGAAGCUGAAAAUCCCCGAGAUUAAAAGAACACUACAAUUAGUGAGACACAUCCAGGAGAAACACGAAGCCUCAGAAGACUUCGGUGCUCAUUAUUCUCUCUCGGAAAUGCUCUAUGGUCGCGCCAAAGUCACGCCCGACGGGACCGUGUGUCUAUGGCUCGGUGCGAACGUCAUGGUCGAGUAUCCCUACGAUGAAGCUAUAUCUAUCUUGGAGUUAUCUCUGAAGAAUGCUUGUCUGAGGAGAGACAUCUGCGAGGAGGACCUGGACAUGGUGCGCGACCAGAUCAUCACCGUCGAGGUGAACAUCGCGCGCGUCUUCAACCAUGAUGUGGUUAGAAGGCGGCAGGCCAAGGGCGAGGUCGAGGCGUGAGUUGGGUGGUUGGGGGGUAACUAGUUUUCUCGUUA